CUGGGGCGACAGCGAGGCCGCAGCGCCCCCUCGCGUCCGCGGGGAGAGCGUGGCGCAGCGGUCACAGCAGCGAUGAGGUCUUCCCUACCUCCUGGGAGCCCCCCGCCCCCACCACGGAUACGCAGAUGCAGGAAACCACAGAAACACAGGCCGCCAUGGCAUCAGACGAAGGCAAGCUUUUCGUCGGAGGGCUGAGUUUUGACACCAACGAGCAGUCGCUGGAGCAGGUCUUCUCGAAGUACGGGCAGAUCUCGGAAGUGGUGGUCGUGAAAGACCGGGAGACCCAGCGGUCGCGAGGCUUUGGGUUCGUCACGUUUGAGAACAUCGACGAUGCCAAGGACGCCAUGAUGGCCAUGAACGGGAAGUCUGUGGACGGGCGGCAGAUCCGAGUUGACCAGGCCGGCAAGUCGUCCGACAACCGAUCCCGAGGCUAUCGAGGUGGCUCUGCUGGCGGCCGGGGCUUCUUCCGAGGGGGCCGAGGCCGGGGCCGUGGGUUCUCCAGAGGAGGAGGGGAUCGAGGCUACGGAGGGAGUCGCUUUGAGUCCAGGAGUGGGGGCUAUGGAGGCUCCAGAGACUACUACAGCAGCCGGAGUCAAGGUGGCGGCUAUGGCGACCGGAGCUCAGGCGGGUCCUACAGAGACAGCUACGACAGUUACGGUAAGUCCUGCUCCGAGGGCACCUCGCUGCGGGGGCCUGCAGUGGGAGCUCAGUAAGCCUUGGCGCCCUCUACUAGCAACACUCAGAGUCUGUCACCGUGCUUGCCUCUAAGGGGCGAUACUGCCCUCUCGGUCUCUGUGCCAGCAGCCAUUUCUACCACGAAAUGUAAAGGCAGAAGCAGAGUGACCAAGAAGGAAAGGGACAGUGAGGGCCCGUCCCCCCCCCGAGCAGGCAGCAGAAGUGCAUGUGCGCCCUGCCUGCCGCCCCGCCCUCAGCUGGUGGGGGGGGUGGUUUCUCCUGAGGCUGCGGGACCGCGGCCUCCAGGUCUGGCCCUGGGAGCGGAUGCUGGUCUUGUCGCGUGCUUCAGUGCCUUUACAUGUCCCUGCUUCUUGU